GAGACGGUGGAGCAGACGGAGAGCGGCACGCGGAGAGGACGGUCAUCCGCUCAGAGGACAGCAGCGAAUCAAACCAGAACUGAUGCUGAAAACGAGCAAGCGGCUACUAAAGAGUGUGAGGAUGAAGAGGAGGAGAGAUCGAGCAGGACACGCAGAGGAAGAUCCUCCAGAGCAUCUGAAACACGCUCUGCUUCACAGCCCAAGGAGGCGGAGCCAGCCGUGGAGGAGGAGCCAAAAGAGCAGAACCGCAGGAGUCUCCGCUCUACAGCUCAGACCAGAGACACUCCUGCAGUGAAACCUGGACUGAAACGGAAGAGAUCAGACGAUCUUCCUGCUUCGGCUCCAGACUCAACAGUAGAGAUGGAGGAACCAGACCAAUCUGCCAAACAGAGAAAAGAUGAAGAUCAGGACACCAUCAAAGCGAGUGAUGAAGAGGAGGAGAGGAAGGAGGAGGAAGAUGUGACCCAGAGACCGACCCGUCGCGGACGACCCUCCAAAACGUCUUCUGCCACAGAUGACUCGGACACCGGAGCGUCAGAGAAGAGAGAGGAUGAUGAAGAGGAGAGCAGAGGAAGAGCGACGACUCGAGCUGCGUCUCGUCUGGAGGCAGAGAGGAAUAAACCCAGCAAACCGUCCACUCGAGCGCUCAGUAAACUCAGCGGGAAAGAGGAAAGCUCCCCGAACACACGGUCGGCGAGGGGACGCAAGCGUGACUCCAGUCCUGCACUUCCUCGCACACGUGGAGCACAGAAAUCUGACGAGCCGCCUCCAAAAAGAGGCAAACGAUGAAGAGUCUGCCUGAUCUCCUGGAGUUCACUGGGAAAUCAAUCUGAAUCAGAGCCGAGAAUCAACAUGAUGGAGAUCUGCAGACGGAGGAAGAAGAGCUGCUGUGUGUGUAACUCAUCCAGUUCAUCAGAAACUGUGUGUGUGUGUGUGUCAGAGAUGCUCAUUCUGUGAAUGUCAGUAUUUUUUAUUUUAUAUUUUACCUUUUUAUUAUAAACCCUAAUAUUGCUCUGAUCCAAUUUUAGGUGUUUUUAGAUUUUUUUUUUUUUUUUUUUGCAAGUUUUUAAUUGUUAUUUGAUGUUUCUGUGAGCUUGUGUGUGUGGUUCAGAAUCCGUGUCUCGGGUGUUAUUGGGCGUUUACUGCUGCAGGACACAGCUGUGAUCUCGUUUCUUCCAGCAGGAGGAUCUCUUCAGAUGAACCAUUCACUUAUUCCCUUCAUUUACAGCUCAGUCCCUCAGACACACUGCACAAGUGAUCAGAACAUGACAGAAAAACCUUUACAGUUGUGCUUACAGUAAUUAAAACCUGAUCCCUUGUAUAAUGCUAAAACAUAUGAUGUUUCUCAGUGUCUCUGUCUGGUUUUCAGCUCAAAUACUGAAACAUUCUGAAAUCAAGAAACAUUUACCGAAGAAGCAAAGUGACCUGAUGAAAGAUAUCAAAAUGGUUUGAGUUUUUGCUGAAAACAUAAACAUCUGCCGAUGUGGUCAGGAAAAUAAUCAUGCUCUCACUUUGAGUUUAUUUUCUGAUCCCAUUGGCACUUAAUUUUGGUAGAUAAAAUAAAAGUGUAGAAUUUAAAUUAAUAAAGAAUAAUAAUAAAUAAACAUAAUGACACGAAGCUAA